AUGACGUACACCUCGGGAAUUAUGCCUCUGAAGCAGGUCAGGAAGCCUCCCUUCACCAUCGAGGCCCCCGGCUACGAACCCGUCCCAGGCGAGACCCUCCCCCGUCGCCAUCCCAAGGCCAAGGAUGGCCUCAUCACCAACCCCGCCGAAGGCGUCCAUACCGUCUUCGACAUUAUCAAGCGCAGCGCUUCCCUCUGGCCUGAGGGCAACGCCGUCGGUAGCCGCGACCUCAUCCAGAUGCACACCGAGACCAAGAGGGUCCAAAAGAUCGUUGACGGCGAGGUUACCGAAGUCGACAAGAAAUGGAACCUAUUUGAGCUCAGUCCCUACACUUUCCUGACCUAUAAGGAAUAUAUGCAGUACAUUCUCGACCUUGGUGCUGGUCUGAGGAAGGUUGGCCUUAACCCCGGCGAUAGGCUGCAUUUCUAUGCUGCCACCAGCUACAACUGGCUCGCCAUGUCCCACGCUUCCUCUUCUCAGUCUAUCGCCAUUGUCACCGCCUACGACUCUUUGGGUUCCGCCGGCGUCGAACACACUCUCGUCCAGUCCAAGGUCAGCGCUAUUUACGUCGAUCCUCAGCUCCUCAAGACCAUGUCUUCUGCUCUCAAGGCCGCCCCUCAUAUUACGACCGUCGUCUACAAUGACAAGUCCAUCUUCGCCAAGCCAGACCACUCCGAAGUCGACGACUUCAAGAAGGAAAACCCCAACCUCACCGUCUAUAGUAUUUCCGAGCUUCGCGAGCUUGGCCAGAAGAACCCCGUCGACACCGUUCUCCCUCAACCCGAAGACCUGUACUGCCUCAUGUACACAUCGGGCUCUACUGGCCCGCCCAAGGGUGUCCCCAUGACUCACGCUGGAAUUGUUGCUGCUAUCGCUGGUCUUUACACUUGUGUCGAGGAAACCGUCAGCAACAAUGAAGUCAUCCUCGCGUACCUCCCGCUAGCCCACAUUUUCGAACUCUGUCUUGAGAACCUCGUGCUCGUUAUUGGCGGCACUCUUGGCUAUGGCAGCCCCCGGACUCUCUCGGACGUGUCGGUGAAGAACUGCGCUGGUGACAUGCGCGAGCUGCGACCUACCGUCAUGGUUGGCGUGCCCCAGGUCUGGGAGACCGUCCGAAAGGGCGUCACGUCCAAGGUUCAGGGUUCUGGCCCCAUUGUCCGAGCUCUCUUCUGGGGGGCCUUCGGUUACAAGUCUUUCAUGACCGCCCACGGUCUCCCCGCUGCCAGCAUUCUCGACGGUAUCGUCUUCAAGAAGGUCCGAGAUAUGACAGGCGGCCGUCUGCGGUUCAUUAUGAAUGGUGCCAGCGGCAUCGCCGAUGGCACGAAGCACUUCCUGUCCAUGGUCCUCGCCCCCAUGCUUACCGGAUAUGGCUUGACUGAGACCGGCGCCAACGGAGCGCUCGGCUCGCCUCUGGAGUACACGUCCCACGCCAUCGGUCCCAUCCCCGCCUCCGUCGACGUCAAGCUUGUCUCUAUUCCCGAGCUUGGCUACAGCACCGACUCGAACCCUCCCCAGGGUGAGAUUCUUGUCAAGGGCCCCGCUGUGUUCCAGGAAUACUAUGAAAACCCCGAGGAGACGGCCAAGGCCAAGACGGCUGACGGCUGGUUCAAGACGGGUGACGUUGGCGAGUUCGAUGCCGACGGUCACCUCAAGGUGAUCGAUCGCGUCAAGAACCUCGUCAAGAUGCAGGGCGGUGAGUACAUCGCCCUCGAGAAGCUCGAGUCCAUCUACCGAGGCAGCAACCUCGUCCACAACAUCAUGAUUGAGGGUAACAGCGAGUACCCCCGUCCCAUUGCCAUCAUCUUCCCCAACGAGAAGCUGUUUGCCGAGAAGGCCGAGGAGCUUGGUGUCGAUGAGCAUAGCAUGUAUCACGACCACAGCAUGGUGAACUGGGUCUUCAAGGACAUGCUUGCUCAUGCCAGGAAGGCGAACCUUUCUCCCAUCGAGAUGAUUGCCGGCCUCGUCAUUACCGAUGAGGAGUGGACCCCCAUCAACGGCCUCGUCACUGCCACGCAAAAGGUAAACCGAAAGGUCGUCCGGACACAGUACAAGAAGGAGAUCGAAGAGUGCUUCGCCAAGCAAAACUUUUAG